AUGCCCAUUUCCAACGGAGACGCCAUGACCAACACCGCCGUCAACGCUCUGGACUACACCACGGCUCUCGAGGUGCUCAAGAAUGAGUACCAAGAGCGCGAUGGCAUUGACGUCAAGACACUCAUCGACUCCAAGAAGAACGGUGGCCUGACGUACAAUGACUUCCUCAUGCUCCCGGGCUACAUCGGUGCUGCGCCUAACAUUCAUACAAUAGGCUUCCCCGCCAUCGACGUCAACCUCGAUACUCCCAUCACGAAGCGCAUCACCCUCAAGACACCCUUUGUCUCUUCGCCCAUGGACACGGUCACCGAACACAACAUGGCUAUCCACAUUGCCUUGCUCGGUGGCCUGGGAGUGAUUCACCACAACUGCUCGCAGGAUGACCAGGCCGAGAUGGUGCGCAAGGUCAAGCGCUUUGAGAACGGCUUCAUCCUCGACCCCGUUGUGAUUUCGCCUACCACCACUGUCGCAGAGGCCAAGGCGCUCAAGGAGAGGUGGGGUUUCGGUGGUUUCCCGGUCACUGAGGACGGUAGCCUUCGCUCCAAGCUCGUCGGUAUCAUCACGCCCCGAGACAUUCAAUUCCACGACAAGCUCGAUGACCCCGUCACAGCCGUCAUGUCCACCGAUCUCGUCACCGCGCCCUAUGGCAUCGACCUUAAGGAGGCCAAUGACAUCUUGAACAAGUCGAAGAAAGGCAAAUUACCCAUUGUCGACGGAGAUUUCAACCUGAUUGCGCUCCUCUCGCGCUCCGACUUGAUGAAGAACUUGAACUUCCCUCUGGCGUCAAAGCUGCCCCAUUCCAAGCAGCUCAUCGCGGCGGCGGCCAUUGGUACUCGCCCAGAGGACAAGAUCCGCCUGCAGAAGCUCGUAGACGCUGGUCUCGACAUUGUCAUCCUCGACAGCAGUCAGGGCAACAGUAUGUACCAGGUCGACAUGAUCAAAUACAUCAAGGAGAAGUACCCUCAGCUUGACGUGAUUGGCGGAAACGUCGUCACCCGGGACCAAGCUGCUGCUCUCAUCGCUGCUGGAGCUGAUGGCCUCCGUAUCGGUAUGGGCAGUGGAAGUGCUUGCAUCACCCAAGAGGUCAUGGCUGUGGGAAGACCCCAGGCUACCUCUGUCUUCAACGUCACUUCCUUCGCCAAGCGGUUCGGUGUACCCUGCAUUGCAGAUGGUGGUAUUCAGAACGUCGGUCACAUCGUCAAGGGUCUGGCCAUGGGUGCGUCGUCCGUCAUGAUGGGUGGUCUCCUUGCGGGAACUACCGAGUCACCUGGAGAGUACUUCGUCAGCCGCGAUGGUCAGCUCGUAAAGGCAUACCGUGGGAUGGGCAGCAUCGCCGCCAUGGAGGACAAGAAGGCGGGUGCGGGCAGCGCCGAUGCCAAGGCUAGCAAUGCCGGUACUGCACGCUACUUCUCUGAGGGUGACCGUGUUCUCGUUGCACAGGGUGUCUCCGGCUCAGUUCAGGACCGUGGCUCCAUCACCAAGUUCGUCCCGUACCUUAUGGCUGGUGUCCAGCACUCGCUGCAGGAUAUUGGUAUCAAGAGUUUGACUGAGUUGCACGAGGGUGUUGACAACGGCACAGUCAGGUUCGAGUUGAGGACUGCUAGUGCACAGGCCGAGGGCAAUGUUCAUGGCCUGCACAGCUUCGACAAGAAGCUCUACUCUUAGGCAAAGGCUUUGGUAAGUCUGUAGCAUGCAUUGGAUCGGCGUUCGUUGGGUGAAUUCAAUCUUUCACGACUUCAGACAUGUGAAGACGACUUGAUGGAUUACGUUUGGAGAAUGGAGGUUAGACAGGCACAAAAGCAAUGAUACCACGAUCUUUAUGUUUAUACAA